AUGGCAACGCCCGUUGCAGACAGUGGAGCUAUGUCAGAGGCAUUCUCAGUGACCGACGGAGUGAAGCGGAGCUGCGUCCUCACGCACACCCUCCUCAGUCUCAUGUUCACUGUCGUGCUAAUAAAUGCUUGCCUUGAUGAGUGCCCCGGGAUCAGUGUCGCCCAGAGGACGGAUGGCCAACUCGUCAAUCAGCAGCAGAUGCACCUCCAGUCGGAUGCAUCCAUAACUGCCGUCCAGGAACUUGUCUUCGCCUACGCCUGCGUUCUCAACGUCGCUACAGAAGGGGAAAUGCAAAAGAGAAUGGACCUCUUCGCCGUCGCCCACAACAACUUCGGCCUGGUCAUCAACACGGAGAAAACGGGGGUCAUGCACCAACCACCCUCCGAAGCUGCAUCCAGCGCACUCUAA